AAAGAAAAUAAGGCCCAAAGCGUUUUUCUGCCCACGAAUCGCCGCUGCGUGCGUCGUCGGUGCCGACUGCCGAAACCCCAAAGCCGACCCGCCGCCAUGGCCGCCGACGGUGACCGCCGGACGGGGGGCGCCACCGGACCCACCCGGCGCACGUUCAAGCCGCAGCAGCAGCCGGAGGGUCUCAGCAUCUCGUUCCACGCGCUCUACGACCUGCCGACCUCGCCGGAGCUCCUGUUCAACGAGGAGGCGCUCCGCAGCAGCCGCACCUGGGGCAAGAACCUAACGCUCUACGCCGGAUGCGGAUACCUCGCCGGCCGGGCGGCGGGGACGGCCGCGGGGCUCAAGCGCGGGGUGGGGGAGGCUGAGCGCGGCGAGUCGAUGAAGCUGCGGGCCAACCGCGUGCUCAACCAGUGCGGCUCCGUCGGGAGCGCGUACAGCAACCGGCUCGGCGUGGUCGCGCUGCUCUUCGCGGGGAUCGAGAGCGGCAUGGGAGGCCUCCGCGACGCCGAGGACUGGGCCAACACCGUCGCCGCCGGGAUGGGUACUGGAGCGCUCUACCGCGCGGCUGCCGGGCCGCGGGCGGCGAUCGUCGGCAGUGCCGUCGGGGGGCUCAUGGCCGGCGCGGUGGUCGCUGGGAGGCAAGCGCUGACGAGAUACGCGCCUAACCUAAGCUUUUAAUUCCGAAUAAUUUUACCUGUAGCUGUUUUUAGGGAUUAUACAUGCAUAUGUGGUUCAUCUAAAUGAGACUUGAGAGUAAAACCUGUUGGAUUUGCUCAUUUUGAAAAUGUCAGCGCAUGGAUAUCUAGCUAUGUAUUGAGGAUAAUUAGAAGUUUAUGCCUACAUUUGGAACUUCAAGCUCAAUGGUAUGGCGCUAUAUAAAUGAUGGAUUAAUGCAGAGAGGUGUGAAUGAUGCAGAACAUGUAUGGAACUAGGGAUCUUAAUAAUAUCUUAUAUACUUUUUGUUGUUUAGUCCUCGGUUCUAAAAUAUGUUGAUGGGUUGACCUGUUGUUUAUGUUGGCAUAGAAUUAGUAUGGAUUCUUUCUGAACCUGUGUGUGGUGUAUGUUCUGUUGGAUUGUUGUUAUUGCAAUUACCAAAAGAUUUACCAAGGCAAAGCUGCAAAUUUUGUCAGUAGAAAGUGUAGA